GGUCGCCGCGGCCCCAGGGUACUGGUCUCUGUCUCCCGCAGCCGGCCGGAGCUCCGAGCGCCCAGCCGGGCCCGGCUCCGGCGGCGGCCGCGGCUGCUUCCUGCUCCCCUCGGCCGGGGCGUCCUCGGCGGCGGUGCCGGGAGCAUUCUGCGGGUCCAGGCAGGCAGCAUGUUGAUGCUUCUGGCAAUGUCCCUGCCUCUAAGCCAGAAGCCAUGGAGGAGAUAAGGUAGCCCCUGUCCCUGGAUCGGAUUGGAUGGGGAAGCCCAGUUCAAUGGAUGCAAAAUACAAGGAUGACUUGUUCCGGAAGUAUGUGCAGUUCCACGAGGGCCAAGGGGACACCACCCCCAGCAGUGAUGAGUCCCUGCGGGCGGCAGCCUCCACCCUGCUCAGCCUGCACAAGGUGGACCCCUUUCAUCGAUUCCGGCUGAUCCAGUUCUAUGAGGUGGUGGAGAGCUCCCUGCGCUCGCUCCGCUCCUCCAGCCUGCGGGCCCUGUGCUGCGCCUUUAGUGUGCUUGAGACGGUGGGCAUCAACCUCUUCCUCUGCCCCUGGAAGAAGGAGUUCAGAAGCAUCAAGACCUACACCGGCCCCUUCGUGUACUACGUCAAGUCGACGUUACUGGAGGAGGACAUCCGAGCCAUCCUGAGCUACAUGGGCUACGUGCCCGAGCUGGGGACCGCCUACAGGCUCAAAGAGCUGGUCGAGACGCUGCAAGUGAAGAUGGUCUCCUUCGAACUUUUUCUGGCCAAGGUGGAGUGCGAGCAGAUGCUGGAGAUCCACUCGCAGGUCAAGGACAAGGGCUACACGGAGCUGGACGUGGUGAGCGAGCGCCGGGGCAGCGCGGAGGACGCGCGGGGGUGCGCAGAGGCCCUGCGGCGGCGCGCCGAGGCCCGCGAGCCGCUGUCGGCCUCGAUGGCGCGCGUGGUGCUGCAGAAGUCGGCCAGCGAGCGGGCGGCCAAAGACUACUACAAGCCCCGCGUGACCAAGCCCUCGCGGUCGGUGGACACCUACGACAGCUACUGGGAGAGCCGGAAGCCUCCCCUGAAGACCUCGCUGAGCCUGCGGAAGGAGCCGGCGGCCGCCGAGCCCGGGGACGAGUUCAAGGACGAGAUCGUCCGCCCGCCGCCCUCGCACCUGACGGUGGCCGGCUCCCCGCACGGCGGCGCCGACGACCUGCCGGCCCCCGCUCCCAACAACGGGCUCGGCCUGCUCCGCGGCCCCUACCUGCCUGGCCCGGACGACGUGGAUCUGUACACGGACGCGGAGCCCCGGGCUGCCUACCGGAGGCAGGACGCCCUGCGGCCCGACGUCUGGCUGCUGAGAAACGACGCCCACCCCGGCUACCACAAGCGCUCGCCCCCCGCCAAAGAGUCCGCCCUCUCCAAGUGCCAGAACUGCGGCCUGGCCUGCAGCGCCGCCCUCUGCCCGCGCUGCGACGGCCUGCUGGCCUGCUCCCCGGCCGCCAAGCCCAGCGCCUUCCCCGGCAAAGCCUCUGGCCACGACAGCCUGGCCCACGGGGCCGCCCUGCGGGAGAAGUACGCGGGCCAGACUCAGGGCCUCGAGCGGCCGCCGCACCUCCACUCCAAGUCCAAGCCACCCGCCGCCGCCGCCACCUCCCGCUGUGGCUUCUGCAACCGCCCGGGGGCCGCCAACACCUGCACCCAGUGUUCCAAAGUCUCCUGCGACGCCUGCCUCAGCGCCUACCAUUACGACCCCUGCUGCAAAAAGAGCGAGCUGCACAAGUUCAUGCCCAACAACCAGCUGAACUACAAGUCCACCCAGUUCUCCCAUCUCGUGUACAGAUAGAUGCCACCCCGCGCCUCCCUGCUCCAAGGGCUACACCUCCGACCUUUCUGGUAUCAUGGGGAAGCAGUGUUAAGGCAUAGAUCUCAGAAGCAGAGCUCUGCCCUUGACCACGCGGGUGUUGGGAGAUCCUGGGGCCGGCCACCCCACGUGGGAGUUCCCUUACCGACUCAGAUUAUUUCAACUGAUGGCUGCUUUGUCGUCUGGCAGGAGAGAGGGUGGCGCUUCCGUUGGGAUUCCUUUUUUGCUAAUCUCUCCACUCCUUGUUCUUUUUUUGGGGGGUGGGGGGUGGGCUUGUUUCUUCAAGAUGGUUUCUAUCUCUGGGACUCUUGCCGACCCCUCAGUCCCUCACUCCCAUGGCGAAGCCAACUUGGAUUGGGAAGGGCCCCCCCCCCCCCACCCCCGGGUCGCUUCCAGAUGCACACCUAGAGCGGUGAGCUAGAGGCCUGUUGGCUUGUGAAAUGAGCCCUCCUGCCACACCGGGCCUCCUCCACUGGCUCAUCCCUCCGCCGCCGUCCCCAAACACCGGGACCCCCGCCGGCACCCCCCCCCCCCCCCCGCAACCCCUCCCCACCCCCCCCCCCCGCCCCCGCCUGCCUUCCCUGCCUCUAGGCGUCAACGGUGACCCGAGCCCAGGAUUCACUGAAUGUCAUGCUGUUGCCUCCACAGCUCAGCGCAGCCGUGGGGUCUGUGAACUUCGCCCUCACGCUUUGCAGUGUGGGCCUUCCACCGCGGCACUGACCUCCCCCCUUCUGUUGUUUGCACAUCCUUCUCCCUGUAUUGUACAUAGAUAUUUUUGAGAUUUAUUUUUAAAUAAAUAUUCAACUUGCCGUGUGUUUCAAAGUGGUGAAAACAUUACCGAUGUAGCUAUUUAUAAAGAUGCCCCAGGUUCUUUAGUCUUCCAGGGGAGGGGCUCACGCCCUUCCACCUUGUUGCCUCUGCGCGCCACCGCCCAAAGUUCAAGUGGAGCGUGCAGGCUUGGAGAAGGAACAGAGAUGAUGUCCCCUGGGCUCGUGGAGAGCCGCUGUCUUCCCUGCAACCAAUCUCAACACCUACCUCCAGUGCGCACCUUGGGGGGCUCGUCCGGGCUGAGAGGUCUCUGCGCCUGCAGACUGUGACCACCCAGUGACGAGUCGGGAACCUCACCCUGCGGACCUCCAGCCUGGUCUUCGCCGCUUGCUGAGUGUGGGCCUUGCGCUGCAGUCUCCUCGAGUCUCAGUUCAGAAGGAAGAGGGUUUGGAUCCCCACCACCCCUCCACCUCAGUCCUCUCCUCUUCACCUGUUUCCAGGACUCCUCUGUAACCUACAUGACCUUUUUGCACUAGAGGUGGGCAGGAGUCGGCGUGCGCCCAGCAGACGGGCGCCUCCUGAGAUUCUUAGCCGAGCCUCAGCGCUUCCAAACCCGAAGGCCCCUUAAACUCCUUAUGUGAAUUAACUGACCCCGGAUUAUCCUUUUGGGUUACAGAGGAGGAGCGGGGCAAGAAUCUGAAAAUAAAACUGCUUCCGUGUGAACUAAUAAUAUAUUUUAGCCAUAAGUGUUGGUGAUGUACAGAAUGUUACGGGGAUUGACCUGCAGUGGGUUUUGUGAUGGGAGGAGGUAUUCAGCUCCUGAGCACAUUUCCAUCUGGCUGAAUCCUGAGGCCACUGUGAAUUUGCUGAUGUUCUUCCAACUCAGUUGAGAGAUUUUAAGGUUUUCAAAAUCUUCUAUGGCUUUUUAUAUAUAUGUAUAUCUAGUAGAUCACUUGUAGAUAUUCCAUGUGUAUAUAAAGCUGAGUUUCAACCAACUUGAUUACUAAGGCCCUCCCACUGGGGGCACCCAUCUUCGAUGUCCUCCUUCCUUUUCACAUCUCAGAGGUGUCAAUGCCUGUCCCAGUCCUGACUUUUCCAGUUUUCCAUUUUCAGACUGCUCUAGCACUACACUAACUCUUAACCAACCGUGAUGCCACGUAACUCACACAGCAGACAGAAGCAGGAAUAACCCACUUGUUCUGGAAGAGAAAGUCCAGCGUGGGUUAUCAUCACGGAAACACUGUGUUCGUGGGUUGGAAUAGGAAAUGCUGUGACCGUGCUCCUCCUCGGUGUGUAUCUUAAUUGUAUGAGGUUGCUGUGAUUGAGAUAAAUAGAUGCUAAUUUAAAAAUGCAGAUGUUUGCAUUUGAUUUCUACCAAGAGUUGAAAUGUUGAGAGAUGCUUUAAAAAAUAAUAAUAAAGUGUCUUCCAUUGUUAAUGAA